CUCUCUCUCACGUGUAAGUUUUGAAGAAACGAAGCGAGAAAAUUCCAGAUUUUUCAAAGUUGGUUGAUGCGAGAAUGAUCUGGAGAGCAGAAGAAGAAUUAUCUCUUCCCUCCAAAUGUUCUUCGUCUUUCUAUAAAUCAACCAGUAUCUUUAGAUUUUUCAUUAUCCAUAGAAGAAAACAAAAAAGUUACUGCAAUCGGAAAAAAAAAAAAAAAAUCUUCAGUUUUGGUUUGGGGAGAGAGCGAGAGCUUGGCAGAGACUGAGUCAUCACCAGAAUUUGUGAAUCUUAUUUGGUGGAAAUUUUCAUCCUUGUUGACCUGUAAGUUGUUCCGGAAUUGGUUUGCUGGAGUUGAUCGAAAAUGAUGCCUGUGUACAUGGACUCAUCACAGUCAUGUCAAAUGAGACCACAAGGAUACUAUUAUCAAGGGUUUGGGAACAACUCUCAGCAUAUAACAACGGAUGCUCAACCGCAUGGUCAUGGAAGCUGCGUUCACGGCAACUUUCCUCCAUACAACAACGCUUGCUGGCCUCCCUGUUAUCCCCCACAAGUACCGCACCAUCAAUGCUGUUUGAACCAUUACGGGUUCCAUCCUCCUCACGGGGCUUACGCUCCUCUUUGUUACCUUCAUCCACCAUUUCCAUUUGGUUAUCAACAAGCGUGGUAUGAUCCUGACAAGGAUGUGCCUGGGAAGCCAGCUGAUUAUCACUGUGGAAAAUGUUCUCCCCAGAUGUGUAAUCCCAAGAAUGGCAGAGGUGUCGUGAUCGAAGAGCAUGAGCCCGAGAUUGAUAAAGGAGACCAAGGAGAAACCGUAACUCGCUCUACCAACUGCCCUUACCCAAUUAUAUGGAUUCCUCAUGAGUAUGCCAGGAAUCAAGAGCAUGGAAACUCUCAUGGGUCUGAAAAUCAUGACCAGCCUCCAGCUGAGGUUAAAGCUCCUGAGAAUAUGACGAUACAGAAAAAAAUUCCUAAGUCUUGGAAUGGUUGUUUUCCAUUUGACGAGAGCGCCAUGAAGUCCUUGGUACAGAAUCAAGACAGGAAAAAGGUGCCGCAGAAUGGGUCAACCGUCGAACUCCCAUUUGAUAUCAGCAAGUUGAGAUCCUUAUUGCAGGGUCAUGACAUGAAGGAAGCGCAGAUCCAGAAGAACAAAGAAGAGUCGGGACAGCUUCAGUAUCCUACUUCUUGGAUUCCAUCUCGUGGGAAACUGGAUGACGUCGAUGCUUCUGAGAGUAGUAAUGAAGACAUGAAAAAUAUGCAGAAUUGGAAAACUAUGAAGUGCCCAUUUGAUAUCAGCAAGUUGAAUUCCUUAUUUCAGGGUCAAGAUGUGAAGGAAGGGCAGACCCAGAAGAACAAGGGAGAACCUGGACAGCUUCCUUAUCCUAAAUUUUGGAUACCAUCUUAUGGGAAAUGGGAAGAUGUUGAAGCUUCUGAGAGUAAGGAGAGUGGUAAUAAAGGGCUUAACUUGGAGUCUUGCCCCUCUGAUCACCAUGGAAAUGAAGGUCAGAAAAACCAAAAAGAAGGGAACUCUGAUAGCAAUGUUCUCUCAGAUGCGGAGGAGAAGAGUUCUGUAAGAAAUAUCCCAGUUCGGAACCAUCUACAAGAACCAAGAAAUAUUCCCGUGAAACUAUCAGAAAACCAUCUGCCAAAACCAGCAGAGCCGACCAAAAGGAUUGCGAAGAAUGAGCCAGUUAAGAACUCAGAAAAAAAGCAGUCGUCUUCGUCCCCAAAAGCAUCCAGGUUGCCUCCGGUUUGUCUGCGCGUUGACCCGUUGCCGAAGAAAAGAAAUGGUGGUUCCAAAUCACUAAGUCCUCCUAAACGUAAGGAAGAAUCGAUAACGUCAGAGGAGACUAAGGACAUGUCCUCACUGCUCUCCAAGAAGGCUGAAUCAAGGACUGUUCCUGAAGCUUGUAAUGUGAAAUGUGAAGAGGCAAACAAAGAAAUGACGAUGUCUGAGGAAAGCGUACAUGCAAUAGGAACAGAAGAAGAAACAGUUGAGAGCAAUCCUAAUUUGCAAGAAAGAUCAAACUGUGGGAUUGUUAAACCUUGUGCAACUAAGGAGAAUAGAGAACAGCCUGCAAAGAAGACAUUCACACAAGAAGAAUCUGCUAGAAUUAUCCAAUCUAGGUACCGCGGAUAUGAUGUGAGAAGAUGGGAGCCAAUUAAGAAAUUGAAGGAGAUAGCCACUAUCCGCGAGCAGAUGGGUGAUGUUAAAAACCGUAUACAGGCGCUUGAAGUUUCUACUGAUCAGCACAUUGAAGAGAAAGAGAUUGUAGUUCUAGGAGAAAUGGUGAUGAACCUUCUAUUAAAAGUGGAUGCUGUCCAGGGCUUGCAUCCCAGUAUAAGAGACUACAGAAAAUCUUUGGCCCGAGAGCUCUCUAGCAUUCAAGAGAAGCUUGACUCUGUGAAAAAUAGCAGCGCCAUUGUGAAGAAAGAAGUUGUAAACGAACAAUUGUUAAUUAACUCUCAGCCAUGUGACUCUUCAAUGAACUUGGAGCACUCCCAGCUCGCAGAGGAGAACAAAAUGGUAUCUGACUCGAAUACAGAGAAGGUUCAUGUUCUGUCUCCCGUUGAUCAUUCUAUGAGCGUCUUGUAUAGUACAGAUGAGCAACCGAAUGAUGAAGCAGAAGGGGGAUCUGGAUUGUUUGAAACCUUGGCAACGGAUCCUAAGCAAACGGCGGCUGCUUCCUCGACUCCCAUCCCAGAGAAAAUGGGAGAGGGUGAUAUAGUUCUACCGGUUAAUCCAUUGUUAGCUGUUGGAAAUCGAAUGACACUUACCAAUAUCGAGGUAAAGAAACCCGUGGUGGAGAAUUUAGAAGAGCCACUAAAAGAAUUGCAACAAGUGGUGGAAGAGACUCAUGGAACAAGCUCUACACAGGACCCGGAUAUUGCUACUGAAGCCUCUGAAGCCGAGGCCAAGGAAUCAGAGAAAGAAGACAGAAAGGAAUCUAAUGAUACAGUAUUGCCUCAAGAGGAAGAUGUCGAACUCUCAGAGCUACCUGUUGGAGUGAUUGACGAUGAAACGCAGCUUCUUUCACAAGAUUCAUCAUCAUAUACUCAUGAAACGCAAGUGACUGCAAUGGAACCUGCAAGAGCGAGUCAGGAGGAGAAUGAUGUUUACUACUUGCCGGAUAACUCCAAAGGCAUAGGCCAAGAGACUUCUGAGCCGCAAGAUGAAAGACAAGAGUCUCCAGAGACAGAAGUCAUUGUGAGAGAAGAGUCUCCAGAGACAGGAUUUGUUGUGGGAGAAGAGUCUCCAGAGACGGGAGUCGUUGUAAAAGACCAGCCUCAGCCUCUAGAGACAGGAGUCGUUAAGGAACAGCCUCCGGAAACAGAAGCCACUGAACAUGAGAUAUCAGAAGAAACCAAAAAGCUGAUGGAGGAGAACAAGCGAUUCAAGGAAACGAUGGAGACGUUGGUUAAGGCAGGCAGAGAACAACUUGAAGUCAUAUCGAAAUUAACCGGUCGGGUCAAAAGCCUUGAGAAGAAACUGUCACGUAAAAAGAGGACACAGAUUCGACGUCGUGCAACCAAACCAAUGUCUGCAAGUUCGAUCGAUGCCAUACUGUAACAACCGGAAUCCUUGAUAUGUCUCAAUUCCUCGUAUUGUUUGUAGUCAUCUCCAUCCGAGAAACGUAUAGAAAACGUGAAAAAUUGCCUGACGAGAAUCCAUUUUAUCUUCGACUGAAUUUUUUGUUUGUUAAGGCCCGAUAUACAGGCCCGAUAUACUUUAGGCCUAUAUAAUAAUGGGCCCAUUAUACAUUUCAGAUGGUCUUAUUGUUAAUCUAUCUUAUCUUUCGCCA